AUGGCUCCCCCGACCAGCCGAUCCGGGUUCCAAAUCGCCUUCGUUACUGCCGUCCCCACCGAAUACGACGCGCUUUAUGAGUUGUUCGAUGAGAAAUAUGACAGAAACGGAACGAUAUAUGGCAAAGGCCCGGGAGAUUUCAAUAUCUACACCACUGGGAAAAUGGGCAAAUACAACGUUGUUCUUCUCUGUUUGGCGGAUAUCGGCAAGAUGCAUGCCGCUCAAGCCGUAUCAAGUCUACGGAUGAGCUAUCUCGGCAUCAAAUAUGUCUUCGUCGUGGGAAUAUGUGGUGGAGCGCCUUUCGACGGAGACCAUCCGAUUUACUUAGGCGAUGUGAUUAUAAGCACCCGCCUUAUCGAGUAUGAUUACGGGCGCCAAUAUCCCGGUAUGUUCAAACUGAAGGACACAUACCUGAAAACGCAGAAUCUUGAGGUUAGGAACCUGCACAGAUUUCUCAGCACAGAGAUCUCCAAGCUCGACUUUCAGGCACGCGUAUCCCAUCAUCUUGCCCAACUUUCGCCCCAGCGAUCGAAGCCCCCUAUAUCAGCACCGGAUAUCUUGUACAAUUCAGAUUACGUCCAUCGACAUCGCGGGUCGAGCCUCGCCUGCGAUUGCUCCACCUGCGACAUCUGCGAAGAAGCGACUCAUCAAGGCUGCGACAAGCUUGGAUGCGAGGAAGGACAAAUCAGGCGUCGACGCAUCGAAACUCAUGGGCCCAACAUCCACUUCGGCGCGAUGGCUUCGGCAGAUAGGGUCUUGAAGUCCGGGAUAGACCGGGAGUGGCUAACGAAGACUCACGGUGUUUUGGGCUUUGAGAUGGAAGGAGCGGGGCUCUGGGACGGAAUCAUAUCAUGUACCAUUAUCAAAGGCAUUUGUGACUAUGCUGAUAGUCAUAAACGGAAGACGUGGCAGGACUUCGCCGCGGGUACUGGUGCAGCAGCCACCAAGGCUAUCCUAGAGCAGUUGACGCUCAGCCCAGACGACCAAUGCAUCGAAAAUCGCAUCAUGAUUCCCUUCGCGCGAAAUACUUAUUUUACUGGUCGCCAGGACGAACUAAAAGAGUUGGAGGAAAUGAUAUCUACACCCGACGGUCCCAGAAAGCUCGCGGUGACUGGCUUGGGAGGGAUCGGAAAAUCGCAAAUCGCCCUGGAGCUCGCCCACCGGCUGAGCAAGACAGACGCUAAACGCCUGGUCUUCUGGAUCCCAUGCACCAGCUUCGAAACCAUCGAGCAAGGCUUUGUGGACAUCGUUCAAACAUUGGAUUUGCGAAAGGCGGACCCUGCGGAGGCAAAGGAGACAGUCCAGGUUCAUCUCAGUCAACACCUUACCAAGUGGCUGUUGAUUCUCGACAAUGUCGAUGAUGAGAGUGUCUGGGUCUUUCUUGAGAAGUUCUUACCGCAAAGUGAUGAGGGCCGAACACUUGUCACCACCCGCACCUGGCAAGUGGCUGCCAAGGUGGCCGGAACUAGUGGAUCUGGAGCGCUGAAGAGGAUCGAACAACCUAGUGAAGAAACGGCGAUAGAGAUGCUGAAGACCAGAUUGUUCAACAAGGAACUGGUCGACGAGACGGAGGCGGCUACUGCCCUUCUGCGGCGAUUGACCUACCUACCCCUGGCAAUUACCCAAGCCGCCGCCUAUAUCAGUCAGACGGGGCCCGAUGUGACGCUGUCAGAUUAUCUUCGCCUCCUCGACAACCAGGAGCAAGAAGUCGUCAAGCUCUUAAGCGAAAACUUCAGAGACGAGACGCGGUACGUGGAUGCUCCGAAUCCUGUGGCCAGCACCUGGCUUGUGUCUUUCGAGCAGAUUCGAAAAUCCAACUCCUCCGCAGCUCAGUUUCUCUCAUUGAUGGCAUGCGUUGAUCCAUGUCGGAUUCCGCGCGAUUUCCUCCCAUCGCUUGAGUCCGACAAAGAGAAGCUGGAGGCUCUCGCGCUACUGAGCGGUUUCUCUUUCAUUACCAUGGAACCUCGUGAAGGCCUAAUAACGCUCCAUCGGCUUGUUCAUCUUGCCACACGAAACUGGAUGAGGAAGAACGGCACCUUGACGGGGUAUCGCCAGCAAGCAGUAGAUCUGAUCGACACAACCAUGUUCGAUGCUACCGACGGAAACAAACCACUGGUCAGAAAGUUACUACCACACUCAUUCGCUCUAUUGAAUGACAUACAGCCUGACUUCGAUGUCAGACCUCGCGAUUUACAUCAAUUGACUGCUGUCUUUCUUAACUACGAAGGAAGACACCAAGAGGCGCGGACAGUGCUCAGACAGGUCUUGAGCUUCCUUGAAGCGGUAUGUGAGGAUGGCGACUCUUUGGUCCUGACCAUGAAAGCCACAGUAGUAAACACAUACAUCGACCAGGCCCAGUUUGACAAAGCUGAACAGCUGGGGUUGUAUGUUUUGGAGAAACGCAAAGAAUUCCUGGGGACUGAACAUGCAGACACACUAGACAGCAUGAACCAGCUCGCAGGUCUUUACAAAAAGCAAGAAAAGUGGGACAAAGCGAUGCCGUUGUACCAACAGCUAUUGGAUAUGCAAAAGCAGGGCCUUUCAGCGAGAGGCGAUACAGCACUAAGCGGCAUGAAGCAUCUCGCCGCGACAUUCUCUGCCCUUGGGGAUUUGAAAAAAGCGGAGGAAGCACAGUUCCAGGCUCUCAGAGCUGCACAAUAUAUGCUUGGGCCCGAUCAUGAGGAUACUCUUUUCAUCAUGAAUCAGCUUGCGACAACUUAUCUGUGCCAAGGCCGUCAUGUGGAAGCUCGGGUGUUAGCGAACAAAGUUCUUGAUGAGACCCGGAAGAAUUCAAAACUUGGUCACCAUCUGGUAACGAGUUCAAGCGUUUUGGCUGCGAGUUACGAAAUCCAGAGGGAGUGGGAGCAAGCGGAGGAGUUUGCAGUACAGGCAUUCGCCAAAGCUGAGGAAUUUUUGGGGCCAGAUCAUCCGCACACCCUGAGAACCGUUGAUCCUCUCGUGAGGAUAUAUAUACGCCAGAAAAAGUGGAAGGCGGCACAGGAUGCCGCAGCGCCCGCCAUCGACACGGCAAGGACAAAACACGGGCCACGGCAUCCCUUGACCCUGGCACUCAUGUCCAGUCUGGCGUUGGCGUACCGGCUCCAAGAACGAUGGCCGGAAGCAGAGAAAGUCGAAUUGCAAGUAUUCCAGGGUCAAAUGGAUGUACUAGGACUGAGACACUCCAAAACCCUGGCAAGCAUGGAUAGUCUACAAGAAAUACAGACUGCACAAGGGCGAGGGGAAGAGUCAAAGAGGCUAAAGGAGCAAGCGCUGAAGAUUGAGGUAAAGGAACAAGGACGAGGAUUAGGAAACCCUGAAGUCCUCGAGAACAUGCAUAGACUCGCUCUGACAUGGCACGGCCUGGGGCGACUUGAGGAUGCUCAGGAGCUUAUGGCUCGAACGCUUCAACUUCGCAAAGAAGUGUGCGGCUUGAAUCACGAGGCAACUGAAGCUUCUGCCAAAGUGCUUGCUUCAUGGGAAGAGGCGAUACCACCAGAGCGAUCCCGACUUCGAGAGCGACUGCAUCCGCGAACCUGGCUGGGCAAAAUUCGCAGCUCCUCGCGAACAGCAACUGCACUGAGGAAGCCCUUUUGA